AUGAAGACCCGCCCAUUGGUUGUCCUUGACGACUACUUUGUCAAGCGCAAUUUGUUUUCGCAGCUAAAGCACAACACCCAUGACAUCCGCUUCCUGGGCGGCUACUUUGAGGUCUCCAGCGGCAGUCCGUUUCUGACAAAGUUUUUUUCUACCGAGCACAUAAUCGCGCAGCAGUGGAUGCGCACUGCCGACACCCAAAUAACGUACAGCUGGUGGCUCUAUGCUGUCCAUCUGGCCGCACUCCUACUGCUGGUGUUUGCGUACCUGGCCAGUCUGUCAUCAGCGCCGCUGGUAUAUUCGCUGGGCACAUUACCAAGCAUCUGCCUAUUGCUGGUGGUCUCAUACCACGUGUGCUUUUUCCUGGCGCUGAACUACAAGCCGACAUGGUUCGAGCGCACAGUGAUCUUCCAUUCGCCGUUUGCGUGGGCAGCCGCCUGGGUAUUGGUGCUGUGCAAUGACAGCACUCUGGCGGUGCCGCCGACCAGCCUUUUGGCAAUCCAUGUGUUCAUCUGGUAUGUGCGCCGCACGGCCAUCGGAAUUGUGGUAUUUGAGCGCAAGAUCCGUGCCAGCUCCGUCCUGCACUGGAGCCACCGCGCGUACUCGCUGGUGGCGCCGAUUUUAAUUGCAUGGGCCUGGAAAUGGUACCCGUGCUUGUCGGUCUCGUGGGAUCUGUCAGGGUACUCGCCGACGCGCGAUUUGCUCGACCAGCGCGUUGUGCGCCAGUGGGCGGCUGAGCGCGAAAUCCCCACAGUGCAGCUGCUAGCUGCCAUGGCCAUGGCUGGUGGGUUGCAUGUUGCCUGGUAUAGCUUCAUUAGCUAUGCCUACCAUAUGGUCGUCUGGAAGGAGUAUUUGCGCGAGGGCCUUGCGGUCUGGGUCGUCAGCGACGGUGCCAUGUGCACGAAACUGUUCUGA